AUGACCUUCAUGCAAGAAAACAUAAAAGAAAAGAUUGACUCUAUUGAUGCAUUAAUGAAGCGGCUAGAAGAAAACAAAAACAUCUCGGUCGUUGAUAUACUCAAGGAGGAGGUUCUUAAACUCAAGAAGCUCAAUGAGGAAUAUAGAAAAGCACUGGAAGACAAAAGAGUUAUGCAUAAGGACCAGCUCCAAAACAAGACGAGGUAUUAUCUUAAAGACGGGUCCACAUAUGUUGUUAAGAGUAAUCAAUACAGAUACUUGUACGAUGCAAAGACCAAGGUGAUUACUUAUGAGUUUUCAAAUGGACAAAUUGAAAAGACAUUCCCUUCAGGAUUAAGGGAAAUUAGAUAUCCAGACGGGAGCAUUGCAAUAAAAAACGGUCCUAGAGAUCACGAGUACAUUAAAUAG